UUAGUGUUAUUCGGUCGUCGGACGUGCAAACAUCACUCAUUGAUAUACCUUUUGCUUGAGCUUAUUCAACACAGUUCCUUUGAAGUUAAACUAAUCGGAUUUUAAAAUACAUUGGAAGCAACCGUCAUCGUUAGUGCACAAAAGCAGAUGUCUUCAGCGGAUACCCAAGUCCUGAACGGUGUUGUCGUGGACGUUCACAAGACCGAUGAAGUCAAGACGGCAUCGCUAGUGAACGGCCAGCAAAGCGCCAACUUCUUCCAGUUGGCUAUGACUGCAUUGCGUCUCACGGCGGCGACAACGACGACGAUCCCCAGCAACGAUCGGAACAACAAUAAUCUCCGCUUGAGAAAACAAAUUACGCUCGACGAGGUGGCUUAUCAUGACACCAUGAACGACUGCUGGAUUGUCCUCUACGAUAGGGUAUACGACAUUACCAACUUUUUGGAGCUGCACCCUGGAGGUCAUGAUGUACUGCUGGAGCACGCCGGACGGGACGCAACGAUUGCCUUCACCGGAGCGGGUCACUCGAAGGCCGCAUUUGCAUCACUCAAAAUGUACGAAAUCGGAGAACUGCCACUGCAUGAAUGCAUGUACCGCUGCCAGGGAAUGCUCAAAGCAUUUGUUCUGCCGGAUUAGAAAUUUGGACGAACCCUGGGGAAGCAAUAUCCUCGUUGGACGUUGAGACUGACUUGAAGAUUCGUUUGGUUAUCUGAACCGUUUUGGCUCACUUUUGUUUAAUCAUUUAUUUUUACUGUAAAACAGUUUUGAAUUAGUUCCAAGAGCUACUAUUCAGGAAACAGUUUUCGUUUUGGUAGCAAAGCUUUAAUCCUACGGAAGAUUGCCGUAUUGCAGAGACAUGAGUCCGAGUACGCUCCGUGCGACAGUAUUUGAAUGCGAAUUGAGAACACACAUGCAUACACAUUUAAGCAAUUAACAGACACACACAUAUACAAACAUUCAUACUGACAAGAGAUGUAUCGAAAGCAUCACAGUCGUAUCAUUCAAUUAUCAUUGUGCGGUUCAGCGUAUUUAUAGUUUAAUGUAAGACUACUUAUUGGAAGAAAUAAUCGGGAAUUAUUAAUUAUGAUGACCUUUCCUUAAGAG